CUCUAUCCCAGGAUCUAUGCGGCUCCAGCGACAGCAAACACGGACUGCUUGUACCUUUUCUGGCCAAAGAAACGCCUGUAUACUGCACACUGGAUCUUUUUUUCUACAUGCGACUCCUAUCGGAAUAAAUAACUGAGGAAUGUGGAAAUUACAGAAUGCCCAACAGCGCUGGAAAGAGAUUUAAACCCACCAAAUACAUCCCAGUGUCCACUGCUGCCACUCUCCUUGUGGGAUCGACCACUUUAUUCUUCGUUUUCACGUGCCCCUGGUUAACAAAGGCGAUCUCUCCCAUUGUGCCUCUCUACAAUGGCCUCAUCUUCCUCUUCGUUUUGGCCAACUUCAGCAUGGCAACCUUCAUGGACCCUGGUGUCUACCCACGAGCGGAUGAGGACGAGGACAAGGACGAUGAUUUCCGAGCGCCGCUCUACAAAAACGUGGAGAUCAAGGGCAUUCAGGUCCGGAUGAAGUGGUGCGCCACCUGUCACUUCUACAGGCCGCCUCGCUGCUCACACUGCAGUGUGUGUGACAACUGUGUGGAGGAUUUCGACCAUCACUGUCCCUGGGUCAACAACUGCAUUGGAAGGAGGAACUACCGCUACUUCUUCCUCUUCCUGCUGUCGCUGAGCAUCCACAUGAUGGGAGUUUUCUCCUUUGGCCUUCUCUUCGUCCUGCACCAUCGAGAGAGGCUGGCAGCGCUGCACACCACUGUCACUCUGGUGGUGAUGUGUAUAGCUGGGCUUUUCUUUAUUCCAGUCAUGGGACUCACAGGUUUCCACAUGGUGCUCGUAGCUCGAGGGCGAACCACCAAUGAGCAGGUGACGGGCAAGUUCCGUGGAGGAGUAAAUCCCUUCACCAAGGGUUGCUGUGGCAACGUGGAGUAUGUCUUAUGUAGUCCCCUGGCACCGAGGUACACGCUGGACCCCAGGAAAAAGUCCCAUGUCAAAAUUCAGCCCCCAUUCAUCAGACCCGACCUGUCGGACAGACAGAUCACCAUCAAGGUCAGCGACAACGGCAUCCAUAACACCAUCAUCAGCUCCAAGUCCAAAAGCAGCCUGGACGGCCUGGACGAAAAAGAAACCCAGCCACCACUGCCACCCAAAGCUGACAGGUACAACCAGCUGAAGAACCAGCUGACCUCCAGUGAAGAGAGUUCUCUCUCUGGGAAGACUCAUCCUUCAACUCCGUCCAUGUACAAAUACAGACCGUCCUUUGGCACCAUGCCGAAAGUCCACUACCACACAGGUGGAGAGAAGAUUGUCAUGGCAGACGACCUGAAGACCUCGGCCAUCAUGGAAGAAGGUGUCCGUGGUCACGACUACCGAUCUGAGCCAAACCUGGACAUGCCUGAGUACACCAACGCUCCCCUUCACCGCACCUUCCAGUCGUCUCCCCACCAGCUGGACUCUGACCCCAUCAACUCCCGCUCUCUCAGCCUGAAGCAGGGUCACCGCCGGCCUGAGAAAGGCCAGCUCCCAGCCCUGCAGCCACAGACGGUCACCUCCACACCCUACAAGAGCGUCUUCUCCCCCAACACGCUCUCCAACCGAAACGGCAGCCUGUCAUAUGACAGCCUGCUCAACCCCAGCAUCUCCCCCACCACUGCCGGUGAGUGCAUGGCCCAUCGUGCUAUGCCCUCCAUGGGCUUCCACUCGCCCUACCUGCCCACCAAAAUGUGCCACAUCCGGGAGCCUGAAAUGCAGAGGCAACAGGUCGCUCCCACCUACAGUCCAGUGCUGCCACCUCGAGCGAUAGGCAGGCAGUCCCCUCACCCAAGGGAAAGGGACCCCUCCCCAGUGCGCUAUGACAACCUCUCCCAAACCAUCAUGGCGUCCAUCCAGGAGCGCAAAGAGAUGGAAGAGAGGGAGAAACGCCAGAUGCUGCGUGGGUGCUCCCAGACACAUAUCUACGCCCAGGACUCUGGUGUGUUUGAUGGGGGCUACGGUCUAUCCCACAAUGCUUGCUACCAGGAUGGGCCUCGUUGCCCAGUUUCCAGGGGCCCAACCCCUCCAGCCUACGGAGGCUCCAGGGACAACCUGAUGGGGGUCGGGCUUAGCUAUGGGCAACGAACCCCCGUGUUGCGCCAUGCUGGUGCCACCCUGGGCCGUGCCCCAAGGACUUCAUCCACCUCCCUUCACACUGACCACAGUAGCUCCAACAGUAGCCACAGCAGGGCCACCUGUACCGAUGGCCCCUAUCGCUCCCCAGCCCAUCAACCCCGUUCCCCUGCCAUGCCCAGAUCCCCCUCCUACACCCACCAGAAAUUCUCCUACAUCAGUGCCCAUGAGAGGACAGACUCGCCUCGCCUGGGGGGCCCAAGAGAGGCCAUGAAAGUUAACGGGCAAAUGGACUGCCACACCAACGCCCAGGGUGUCCCCCUCAGCCCCAGCCGCCACAGUAAUGUCAAAAAGGUGACAGGCGUAGGCGGCACCACGUAUGAGAUAUCCGUGUGAGAGGGGACUCUGCAUCUACAUCCAACAACAUCGGCCAACCUGCUACAAAGAGAUUUUCUGCCCUCUGAUAUGUUCAAAGUCCAGAUAACAGCCAAUCAGAGGGUCUGUUUGCCACAUACCUGUGUGAUUUGUACAGGAGGGGUCGGUUUGAGUUGAUACCACUGCAGGUUUUACGUGUCAGGAGUGUCUUGUGGAUAACAUUUGUGGCCGUCCAACAGAUUGUCAAUAUUAUUGCUGUUGUCUCUCAGCUGUGGUCAUGAAGUUGUUCCCAGUGUAACACAAAAACUUGCGACCAGCAAGUGCUGGGGGCUUAAAUAAAAACACAGAAGAAUUAAACACAGACAUCAUCACCAUGGACCUUUUUGAGAGGACUAAUGUCCUUUUUUUAGUCAGCUGACCUCAAAAAGUCAAGGUGCUUUACAUUGCAUUGUACUGUUUCAGCAGGAGGUGUGAUGGAGGGUCAAAGAGUUUCACAAGAACUGCAAACCCGUUACACAAAGUACAGGAGAAAAAAUCUUAAAAAGGUGUUGUUGAGAGCAGAAAGUCAUUGUAUCAUGUCAUGAGGUUGCAUUUGAAUUCCUUGGGAAAUGCUAGUAAGUAAAAAUGCGACUUCCAUCUUUUACUAAAAUAAAUGCACUCAGGAAUAAAUGCAACCAGGAGAGAUCGUUGAUUCAUACAUCAUGAAUGUCUUCUUCAAAGUACAGCUUAGCCCCCUUUAUAUUUUUCACAAAUAAGUUGUUUUUUUUUUUUUUUUUUAUUGCUAUGACACAAUCCUGGUCAGAUAAGUCUGCAAUCAAAGAUCAGAGUACCACAUCCAUAGGGGGUUUCACCAUUAGGCAAAAGGAGGCAGUUGCCUGGAGCCUUGUGCACCAAGGAGCCUCAAGAUAAAGUCAUUGUAGGUAUGCAUCAAAUAUAGGGUACAUGUCUAAAAAUACGUGAUGGUAAAUGAUGAUUAAAGAUGUGCAUUAUGAAUGUAAAUAAGUGGCCAAGAAUGAAUAAAAUUGCAUCAAAUAGAGUUUGAUUAUCCAAGACAAUUCUUUUCAAGACUCCUGGCCCCAAUAGUGAGGUCCCAGCCCCUUCAAAAGCCCUGAUAAGUUUUCAUAUCAAGCUAAUUAUGAUUGGGAAGAUACCCAUAUACAUAUUGAAACAAUAAAUUGGUGAAUCACUCUGUGAUAAAAUGGCUGCAGUAAAUGAAAAUGAAUAUUCUGUGACAGAACUGAUAUUGCACCAACAGUGAACACAUAUUUUUAUUUUUAUACAUUACAUCUGAGAUGUGUAAAGAUAUUUAGAUAUGUCUGAGUUGUGAUGCUCUUCUAAGGCUGACCACUCACUACAUAAUUUCCCAAUAUUAAAUGGUUUAAAAACGUGGCAUACCACAGAUAUAAGGAUGGUGUCAACAGAUUUUUCACCUUGUAAUCCUCUUAACGCACAUACUAGACAACUCAGCCAGACUGUGAAACCACACACCCACUGUUUAUAGUCAAAAUCUCCCAGUAAAAAUUAGAUCUCACAGAAAGAUGCACCAUCAAACAGGACUUCAGGAAUAAAGCAAACAUGGAGGACUGUCGAAAUCCUCAGUUGGCUGUCCUGGCAUGCAAUAUAGUCCUGGGACUGUCAAAAGAUUAAAAAUUUCAGUUGCAUUUGAUCUCAGGAUUUAUGUAGUUAAUUGUGAAUAAUCACACUCUAUUGCAUUUUGAAAAAUCCAUUUUUUGCAUCUAAAAUUGUUUCAAUUUGGAUUUUUCUACUGUCUUGAACUAAGGUAACUGGCUUCAUUUUGGAUACAGACCUCUUUUUAUACACAGAUCUAAGAUUAUGGCAUGAAUUUAACCACAGAAAAAAGACUUUGUUAUGGAUUAAAAAGAAAAUAAGGGAACAGAAAAAAGGUAAAUGUUUGAUUUCACACCAAGCUAUCUGUGAGUAAAGUGAAAUGAGAUAAUAAGGAGC